GCCAGGUUUAAAGCUGAACAGAGGCGCAGUUUAAGUAGCGGAAGCAGCACUGCACGGUAGAUAGUGUGGUUAAAGGGAAGCGCGAUGCUGCUGACGGUGUUCUGUGUACCGAAAGAUCAGGCUGAGACUACUUUUGCUCUGGACGUCUCUCCGGAGCUGGAACUCAGGGAUUUUAUGGCUCUUUGCGAGCUAGAAUCAGGAAUACCGGCUGCAGAGAUACAGAUCUUUUAUGCAGAUCAGCCUUUGAGAGACCUCACCCGAGCCCUAGGGAAUUAUGGCUUAAAAGAUGGAGAUGUGAUUGUGUUAAGACAGGCUGAGAGGAGGCCAGCAGCAGCAGCAGCAGCAGCAGCAGCAGCAGCACAGCCAGCUUUUCCAGGGCUUCCCCGUAUCGAUUUUAGUUCAAUUGCAGUUCCCGGCAUGUCCUCGGAUCAAGGUUCCACACAAGUUCAACAACCCAGAGCUGCCCCGACACUUCCCGCUGCCUCCCCUGCCUCCCCAGCCUCCCCUGCCUCUUCUCCUCAGGGACUGGACAAUCCUGCCCUUCUACGUGACAUGUUGCUUGCCAAUCCACAUGAACUGUCGCUUCUUAAGGAGCGUAACCCUCCUUUGGCUGAAGCUUUGUUAAGUGGUGACCUGGAGCGCUUUACGAAAGUGUUGUUGGAGCAGCAGCAGGAUCGAGCCAAAAGGGAGCAGGAGAGGAUCAGACUUUUUAGUGCAGACCCCUUUGAUCUGGAGGCUCAGGCCAAGAUCGAGGAGGACAUCAGGCAGCAUAAUAUUGAAGAAAAUAUGACCAUAGCUAUGGAGGAAGCACCUGAGAGCUUUGGCCAAGUGGUCAUGCUUUACAUCAACUGCAAAGUCAAUGGACACCCUGUGAAAGCCUUUGUUGAUUCAGGAGCCCAGAUGACCAUCAUGAGUCAAGCCUGCGCAGAGCGUUGUAACAUCAUGCGUCUUGUAGACAGACGCUGGGCAGGCAUUGCAAAAGGCGUGGGCACACAGAAGAUUAUUGGCAGAGUACAUCUGGCUCAGGUGCAGAUUGAGGGGGACUUCCUGCCUUGCUCCUUUUCCAUUCUAGAAGAUCAGCCUAUGGACAUGCUUCUUGGCCUUGACAUGCUAAAGAGACAUCAGUGCUCUAUUGAUCUUAAAAAGAGUGUGCUUGUGAUUGGGACGACAGGGACAGAGACACGCUUUCUAUCUGAGGCAGAGCUGCCUGAUUGUGCCAGACUAGCCUACGGCCCUGAGGGGCGAGAGGACAGUCGACCUGAGGAAAUUGCAGACCAAGAACUUGCAGAAGCACUACAAAAGUCCAUACAGGACAGCGGUGAGCUGCAUGUCUAAAAAAUUUGAUAGAACUCUACACGUAGCUAUGUUGGUUAAUAAACUGUACAUUGGUACUAGUACUGCCAGUAUCUGCAACUCAGUAAUAAAGGAAGUAUA